UUCCUUGUUCGUUUGAAGAUUGCCGGUCAUCAUUUUAGACACUUCAAAGUUGUCAAAAUGGCUGCCUUUGGAAGACAUGCGGUGUCAGCUUCACGAUGUUUACUCAAACUUCGCCCUAUUUCUGUGUCAGGGCAGAGGUUCCUGUUAAAUGGAGAUAUCUUAGGACUAGACAACUUGAGGCGAGUUCGUGUAUUGACACAAGACCGACUUGGAACACUUAAGGGAAGUUUUAUGGAACGUAUGAAGAAUCUAACAGCUAGAGAAGGUCAGACGAUAUUUACAGAGGAUUUGAAGACAACAGUAGCCGUUACAGAAACUGAUGAAGAUCUAGAGACACUAGUAGCCAUGUUGAAAAGGUUUUGUGCAGACCGGGCUCAGGACACAGAGGAUUCCCCCCGACCAUACUGCUUUGGUCCACCAGUGUUACGUUUGCUGCAUAUCAGAAAUGAAGUAGAUAAAGCAGUGGAACUUUAUCAAGAUGAGAGUCUGAGAAGUCUGUUUGACAACAUCUCCAGCUACAUGCUCAUCAUGGACAUGCUGUACAAAAAGGGUCGCUACCCAGAGGUGGUCGAGUACUACAAACAGCUGAGGGAGUUUGGCGGUGAUGACUUCCGAUACCCCAUCAACUGCAUGACCUUGUUGUUUGCUUCAUUAUAUAAAAUGAACACAGAAGAGUCUUUGACCUUAAGUUUGAAGUACUUGAGGGACAUUCAAGCAGCACGAUUCAGGCCGUCAGGUCGUAGUCUGUCGUUCAUUGCAGCCCUCGCUGUGAACCAGGGAAAGCCAGCGACUGGCUUGGAGGUGUGCACAUCUGCCCCUAACCACAGGAUAGUUGGGGUGGUGAAUAUUAAGAUGAUCUGUUACGCACAGUUGGACAGAGUGGAGGAGGUGGUACCAUGGUUCAGAUACCUUCUCAAGGAUGAAAGAGCCAACCUCACAUGGAAAAAUAGGAUAUUCUCUGAAACAAUCAGUGCAGUGGAAGAGGCGUUGACGAGAGGCAAUGUGGAGCUGAAGCAGCAUAUCUUGCCCCUCAUUGACAGUCUCCGGGCAGAUGGCUUCAUCAGGAACGACCCGCUACGAGCCUUCUUAGAGGCACCAGUCACCAGGAUGUUGAGGACUUCGGACAAUUUCCAGCAGCGUAAUAGAUCAUUUAGCUUCAGUGGUCCAAUCAGACAGCAUGGAGAGCCAAGGAGAUUUCAAUAAGUCAUUUUGAGGGAAAUGUGAAAGAUGUGGUCCGUCUGUAGAACAAGAGUGUAAGAAGAGAAAUGACACUGUAGAAAGUCUUAGACUGCUCACACAUAGAGGACACCUUGCGUUUUGAUGAGUGUGAUAACCGUCUUCUUUCGUCUAACUUCUGUGAUGGAGAAUCAUAAGUGCAAUGUCUGUCACCUUUCCAUCUAUUGCUUCUAACCACAUGUAUAUCACUUGCCAGGAUAUAUAAAUGUGUGUCUCAUGUCUCAAGAUAUAUCAUGAAAAUGAGUGAUGUGUAAAUACCACAUUCAGAAAACAAGACACUUCAUUAUUUGAAGAGACCAUGCCUCAUCUCAGUAAAUUUGGUUUGUAGAAUAAAGUAUGUUAGUUUUGUGGCAUGCUCUGUAUUAGUGUUUAUUUAAGCUUGUAUUUUCUACCUAUAUUCCCCAAAACUUCGAUAACUGUGCACAGUUGUUUAAGUGACGACAGCUAGGUGCUUGUAAAGGUAGAAAAUUGUGUCACCUUCUGUAACUUGUCAUCCUAUGACCAAAGGGAAUUGAGACCAUGUUUUGUCCACAUCCUCAGAUUAGUGUUUGGGAGAAGAGAAGAAUCCUAGUGAUUUCAUUUGUUACAGCAGCCAGAGUAAUAUGUGUCCAGGAAAUUAUACCCUUAUGUAUUCCUCAAAGUUUCAUCACCCCAUUUUGUAUGAGGUAAUGUUUACUUGCCAUACAUUCUGUUGUACUGUGGGUGAAGAUUGUGUGAUUGUGUCAGAACGAGGUGUCACCUCAUGGUGAAGUAGUGAUAUCAUUAUGUGUUGAAUGACAGGGAGACUUCAGGGACCUGUUCUAAGUAUGCAUUUAACAUUCAUAUAAGCUUUGUUAAUUCAUUUGACAGAAUAAACUAUUGUGUGAA